AUGGAAAACUACACGAAGUGGAGUAAUUAUACCCAGGUUCUGUCGGAGCUGGACGGGUCGGGCGGCGAGGAGGAGGACGGAAGCGAGGAGGAGGACAGCGGGAGCGGCGGAGGAGGCGGCGGACUGCGCGUCCUCGUCGGCUGCGUCCUCUUCCUGCUCAUCGUGUCCACGCUGCUCGGGAACACGCUGGUGUGCGCGGCCGUGGUCCGGUUCCGCCACCUGCGCUCCAAAGUCACCAACUUCUUCGUCAUCUCGCUGGCCGUGUCUGAUCUGUUCGUAGCCGUGCUGGUGAUGCCCUGGGAGGCCAUCACGGAGGUGACCGGCACCUGGCUGUUUGGACGGUUUUGCGGGGUCUGGAUUGCCUUUGACAUAAUGUGCUCCACCGCCUCCAUCUUGAACCUGUGCAUAAUCAGUGUGGACCGCUACUGGGCCAUCGCCAGCCCGUUCAAGUAUGAGCGAAAGAUGACUCACCGCGUGGCGUUUGUCAUGAUCGGGGUGGCGUGGACUCUGUCAAUCCUGAUCUCCUUCAUCCCAGUGCAGCUAAACUGGCACCAGGCCGGGGAGGAGGAAGAAGAAGAGGUGAAGGAGGAGGUUGUGGAAGGCAGGAACUUCACAAACAGCAGCAACAUCAACAUCAACGCCAGCGCCGUCGCCAAGAGCUGUGUCGCCAACCUGAACAAAACCUACGCCAUCUCCUCCUCCUUCAUUAGCUUCUACAUCCCGGUUGUGAUCAUGAUUGCCACUUACACCCGGAUCUACAGGAUUGCCCAGACCCAAAUCCGCCGGAUCACAUCUUUGGAGAGGGCGGCGGAGCAGGCCCACAACCAAGGUCAUGGUGUGAACCGGAACCACCAGCAGCAGCACAGGCACAACGAAGAAUCCUCAUUGAAGUCGUCGUUUAAGAAGGAGACCAAAGUCCUGAAGACACUCUCCAUCAUCAUGGGAGUGUUUGUCUUCUGCUGGCUGCCGUUCUUCGUCCUCAACUGCACGGUCCCGUUCUGUGACCCGCCCUGCGUCAGCGACACCACCUUCACCGUCUUCGUCUGGUUCGGCUGGGCCAACUCUUCCCUCAACCCGGUCAUUUAUGCAUUCAAUGCAGACUUCCGUCGGGCCUUCACCACCAUUCUGGGUUGCAACCACAUUUGCUCAAACAACGCGGUGGAAGCUGUGAACUUCAGCGACGAGCUUGUUUCUUACCAGCAUGACACGACACUCCACAAGGAGGCGCUGGUCCCUGCGCAGCCGCAGCAACAUCCUCGCACCAUUAACGUCGGGUCCGGCCACCUGGAGGACAUGAGCGCUCAGUUUGACGAGGAGUCGAUCAUCUCCAAUGGUUCCCGGAGCCAUAACAGACUGCUGCUGCUUCCUGCCACCGUCCAGUUCGAGGAUGACCCAGAAAUCUCCUUGGAAACGAUCACGCCGUUCACCUCGGCGGGGGGGCUUGAGAGUGAUGCUCUAAUACCAGGACAAGUCCACCAGGAUGGAUAG